AUGCCUCGUCAAUUCUUCGUCGGAGGUAACUUCAAGAUGAAUGGAUCUGUUGAAUCCAUUAAGAAGAUUGUUGGAAACUUGAACGAUGCUAAGUUGGACCCAAAUACAGAGGUUGUCAUUGCUCCACCUGCUCUUUACCUUCUCCUUACCCGCGAGCACUUGAGACCUGGACUUGAGGUCGCAGCACAAAACGUUUUCGAUAAGCCAAAUGGAGCUUUCACUGGUGAAAUCUCCGUUGAGCAACUCAAGGACAGCAACAUUACCUGGACACUUCUCGGACACUCCGAGCGUCGUGUCAUUCUCCAAGAAGAUAAUUCAUUUGUAGCAUGCAAGACCAAGGCUGCUCUUGAUGGAGGAGUCGGUGUUAUUUUCUGCUGCGGAGAGACCCUUGAGCAAAGAGAGUCUAACAAGACAAUCGAGGUUGUUACCGCACAAUUGAAGGCCGUCAAGGAUAAGGUUCAAGACUGGUCAAAGAUCGUCAUUGCAUAUGAGCCAAUCUGGGCUAUUGGUACCGGAAAGGUUGCUUCCACCGAACAAGCACAAGAGGUACACGCCGCUAUUCGUUCCUGGUUGAAGAAGGAGGUUAGCGAGAAGGCCGCAGAGGAGACCAGAAUCAUCUACGGUGGAAGUGUUAGCGAGAAGAACUGCAAGGAUUUGAGCAAGCAAGAGGAUAUUGAUGGUUUCUUGGUUGGAGGUGCUUCAUUGAAGCCAGCUUUCGUUGAUAUUAUCAACAGCCACUUAUCUGUAAAAGGUGACAGUAAGAUUUGA